AUGGCAAAAUUAUUGUUCUUUGCCACCGUAGUCUGUGCAGUAUCUGGAAUUUUGUGCCAAAGCUGCAAAAAUCCCCAAGUAACCUCAAAAUCCUUUACAACCCAGGAUGUUACCAUUGUGACGAAUGUGGCUUAUAUUGGUGAAUUCGAUGUCAAAUGCGCAUCUGGAGCUGUAAACGCUUUGUACGCUGAAAUUGAAGGAAAUCUAGUCCCUGUAUCAGUAGUGGAAGGCAACAAAUAUCAAGUAAGCUGGACUGAGGAAGCAAAAUUGGCUAAAAGAGGCGAUAGAGUUGUCAGAGUUUUUGAUGAAGAAGGUUUCACAGCUGUUCGCAAAGCAAUCAGGGCUGGGGAAGACGCUUCCAGUGUAUCUGAGCUCUUCAAUGUUGUUAUUAACCACCCAGGUGCUUACAGUGGUCCAUGGUUGCAAGGAGAAAUCGUUGCCACAAUUGUUUCUCUUGUUAUUGCCUACUUUGCGGUUGUGUCCAGAUCAAAGGUUGUUUCAUAA